CAAAUUUAGCAGAGGCCUUUUUCCACUGUAGGUCCACUUUUCAUCACACAAUUCUAGAGAAUAUGAAAGCAAGAGUAUUUACAAAGAAUUACGCACACAAUAAAUAAAGCAAAACUUGGUUUACUUGCCAUGUCUUAAUUGGCUGAUUAGAGGAAUUUUUUUGCCACCAUAUUUGACCAUUCUGAUUGAGAUGUGAAAUACUUGAUUGAAUGGAAAAAUCUCCUAAAAAGAGAUCUUAUUGCUUUUCAAAGUCUCAAAACCACAGGUUACUAGUACUAAUAUUUGCACUAAUGGAGAAAGCCUUCACAUUUUUCCUCUUAACAAUACUCUUGUUGCCUCACUAUGUUAUGGCCCAAACCAACAUUACAACUGAUCAAUUAGCUCUUCUCUCUUUUAAAUCCCAAAUUAGUUCCGACCCCUUUCACUUCUUGAAUGAAAGUUGGUCUCCUGCUAUUUCUGUUUGCCGUUGGGUUGGAGUCAUUUGUGGUUCUCGUCACCAGCGAGUGAAGUCGUUGAAGCUUUCCAACUUUGCUCUUACAGGAAGAAUUCCCCGUGAUUUUGGAAAUCUCACAUUUCUUGUUUCUCUUGACUUGGGAAACAACCAUUUCCACGGAAAUUUGCCUCAAGAAAUGGCACAUUUGCGUCGGCUUAAGUUUCUUGAUUUAAGUUUAAACAGCUUCAGAGGGGAAAUUCCUUCUUGGUUUGGGUUUUUACACCAACUUCAAGUUGUAAACCUUAGGAGUAACAGUUUUACUGGUUCCAUUCCUCCGUCACUCUCGAAUGCCUCAAGGUUGGAGAUUUUAGAAAUAUCUACCAAUUUACUUGAAGGAAACAUCCCGGAAGAGAUUGGCAAUCUUCACAACCUGAAAUCGUUGUCCAUAGAACAAAAUCAGCUUACGGGUUCUAUACCAUUCACAUUAUUCAAUAUUUCUAGAAUUGAAGUCAUUGCAUUUUCAUAUAAUAGCCUAUCAGGAGAUCUUCCCAAUGGUUUAUGCAAUGAUCUCCCAAUACUCAAAGAGCUUUUAUCUAUCCAGAAACAAGCUUGAUGGUCAUAUGCCUACAAGCUUGUCAAAUUGUUCACGACUUCAAAUAUUGUCUCUAUCUGGAAAUUAAUUUUGAUGGACCAAUACAUAAUGAAAUUGGAAAAUUGACUAACUUGCAGAAAUUGUAUCUCGGAUACAACCAUUUCACAGGUAUAGUUCCAGAAGAAAUUGGAAAUCUUGUUAAUUUGGUGGACUUAAGCGUGGAGAAUAACCAGAUUACCGGAUCUAUCCCAAUCUCCAUAUUCAAUAUCUCAUCGCUGCAAUCAUUGUUACUGUGGGGCAACAAUCUUAGUGGAUUCUUACCACGGGAGAUUGGCAACUUAACCAAGAUGCAAUUCUUAAAUCUCAAGGAAAAUAGGUUUACUGGUGAAAUACCCAAAGAUAUAAGAAAUCUCGUUGAGUUGGAGGAAUUUGAUGUUGGGUUUAAUAGUUUUAGUGGUUCACUUCCAAUGGAGAUCUUCAACAUAUCACAACUGAGAACAAUUCAACUUUCAGACAACAAUCUAUCAGGAACUCUACCACCAAACAUAGGUUCUACCUUACCCAACAUUGAAAUACUUUAUCUGCAUACCUUAACCAAUCUUGUUGGGACUAUUCCUCAUUCUAUCUCCAAUUGUUCAAAGCUUACUGAUCUAGAGCUUUCACAAAACAAACUCAGUGGCUUAAUACCCAAUUCUCUUGGAUAUUUGACUCAUCUAAACUUCCUAAACUUGUGGGGAAACAAUUUAACCAGUGAUUCAUUUUUAAGCUUCUUGACUUCCUUAACCAAUUGCAGAAAUUUAACAUUCUAUCUUUCAACCCUCUAA